AUGAUGGAGAGGGGAACCAAAAGGCCAGCAGCGGACAUGGAACCGCUGGCCACCGACAACACCGAGAUGCCCGCAGCGGCUACUUUGGAUCAGGUCAGUGAUGUUCGCCUGGAGUUCGGCGAAUCCUCAGAGCAUUCCAUGCCGGCCAACUCCAUUCUUCUGCGCUUGGCUUCGCCUGUGUUCAACCGCAUGCUUCAGAGUGGUAUGAAGGAGGCACAGCAAAGCGUCAUCAAGGUGGAAUUGGCCAGCAAGGAGGAGUUCGAGAUCUUCUAUGGCCUGCUGGCGCCGACGGCAUGGAGCGCCGGUGCUGUGACAAAGGAGAAUGUGGAUUCGCUUCUUGCCAUCAGUGACUACUAUCAGGUUGCCACUAUCAAGCGUGCCUGCGAAACGCUCCUUCUUUCGCUUCCGCCCACCGGCACCCGCCUCCUGCAAGCUCAAAAACACGGCCUGAAAGCACAAUACGAAAGGUGCAUCCUUGACUUAGCCAAGAAGGGUGCCAGGGAGGACUUGCAGCUCCUCAUCAAAUCCGAACCUGACAUCCUCCUCGAGGUGGCCGUGAAGCAGCAAGAGCUUCGGAAACCUCUGGUGGCAUUGAAAGAUGAGAUUCUCAGAUGCAAGUCCUUCCUCCCCGAUUCCUAUGUCUCCCCGAUGAUUGCGACCGCAGGGCGUAAAAUGAGCGAGCCUGAAGCCAGCAAAAUCGCUCGAGUCUUGACGGGACUGGAGCCGUUCAGACAGAUCCUCGAACGGGUGCUCAAUGAGUUGCAGUGA